GUGGGCUGCAGUGGAUGUCAGCUGGCUCAGUAUAUCUGCAACUCUGUAUCAAACGGCAGAACAUCGAUGUCCUUCCUCUCACACCCAAGCAAAAGCGAAGACCUGCUACCCGCUGAAAACGGCUCCAUGGCCCGCCAGUUGAGAAUCACUGACCGAGAAUCUCUGAGGAACGUUUUAUAUAGUAUGUCCUCACUCUCACGUCUGUCAUAUGGAUGAUCUUUGACGAGUGUUUUUGCAUGAUCUUUGACUGGCAUUUCUGAAGUAGGGCCAAAUCACUCCUGUCAUUUAGAGGAUCUUUGACUGGUGUUAUUUUCUGACUUUAUCAGACUAUGUAUGACUACGAUAGCCCUUAGUGCCUGCCAACUCCUUAUCGCACCUUUUACAAACGACACACACACACACACACCAUCCUCCCCCUCCCCUCCCCACCCCCCAGUGCCCGACGUCAACCAUCUGGCGAUAACCCCUGCUAAUCUAGCGAGGUCAGCACACAGGCAGCCAAGCGUUCCUCUACACUACACACUCUACCCCUCCACCCCCCCUUCCCUGUUUGCCUUUCACUUUCUUCCUCAAAAGCUUUCCAAAUAUGGCCCUGAGAGUGGUGGAGACAAAACGAGUAGCAACAUGUUGGGACAGCGUGAAUGAAGCUGACGUCAGUUGGGAUAUUUCCAACGCUGCUGUUACUCUGCCAAGCAAGAUGAGGAAGCUCGCUAUUGUACAAGACAACAUCAUCAACACAUCAUCCCGAUGGAAGAGCAUCCGUUCUUCGACAAACAGUGUUUAGAUAAGGCAGUCUUCAGUCUACAGUGGCAAGCGUCCUUUUGCCCUGCGAUGAUGUAAGAAGGCGAAAUGUCCAUAAAUGGAAGGCCAUGGCUUGGUGCCCACUCAGGGGGAAAUCUGCUGUAGCCGGCGCUCCACCCACCGCCGCCUCCACCCAGACCCGUCUGGUGGUCCCAGCCAACCUUCAGCACCUUCCCGUGUGCCUCGCCUCUCCGAAGCUCGACACGGGCGUAGCAUCUCCUCCUCUGCAUGUGCACGUGUCCUCUUGUGUGCAUGCACGGCGGCGUUCCAAACACAGGAAGUGAUCGUCAUGACAAUGCAGAGCUGCAUCUGUGAGCACGUGUGAGGAUGCGUGGCGGGCAGGUGGCGUUGUGAUCGGCGGACUUUUUGGGGUGCAGGACCGUCUCGUCUUCCCUGCCGCCGCCGCCGGUGGUUCCUGUGAGGGGGAAACACAAACAAAGCAGGCGGGAUGUCCACCUCGCCUGGUGCAGCCGACGGCAGCCAGAGGAACUCCUUGGAGCUGGACGCCGCCCAGAAGGUGGACGCUGCCGAAGCGGGAGCGGGGCUGCCAGCCGCCCAGGUGAAGCUGAAAGACCGGCAGAAGUUCUUCGAGGAGGCCUUCCAGCAGGACAUGGAGCAGUACCUGUCCACGGGAUACCUCCAGAUCGCUGAGCGGCGAGAGCCAAUAGGAAGCAUGUCCUCCAUGGAGGUCAACGUGGACAUGCUGGAGCAGAUGGACCUCAUGGACAUGUCGGACCACGAGGCCCUGGACGUCUUCCUGCACUCGGGAGGCGAGGACAACAGCGCCGCCUCACCUGUGGCAGGUCCCGAGGUGGACUUCACCACAGAGAUCAGCCUGCAGGUUCCCACGCAGGCGGAGCUGCGUCACAAGCUGUCCUCCCUGUCGUCCACGGGCACCGACUCCGCCAGCCAGGACACGGAGGCGGGCGAGGAAGACGACGAUGACGAGGAGGAGGAGCGGCCGGCCGGCGGCAAGAGGAGACCCCCCGUGGUGACGCCCGACGAGGAGGAGGUGCGAGCUGACACGUCGCUGGUGGACGGUCCGGCACGGAAGGACGGCGAGCUAAGCGGCGGGAAGGUUUGAGACCCCCCCCCGAGAACUUUCUUUCAUUGUUGUUCUCCUCCAAAACCAACUGCCACAUGACGCUGCCUUAAGGAGCCAUCCGCCAAGAGCACACGAACGUUCCCAAAGGAAGACACACUCAGGUGAAAACGUUGUGCUAUUAUUUGGACGCCCGCCUACGUAGAGAGAUUGGCAUGUGCAGCAACAACUUCCUGUUCUUUUUAUACACAAACCCCGCCUGCGUGUGCGUGUGUGUGUGUGUGUGUGUGUGUGUGUUUUCCUCAUCACGUUCCAUUUUUGAAUUUGAGGUAAUGCUACCACUCGGCUUAACUGACUUAACAUUUUGCUCUUAUUUCAACUUCUUCAAAGUCCAAGCUACUUCCUGUACCCCAAUAGGAGUAAUAGUAGUAGUUGUAGUAAUAAUGUCAUAACAACAUGUAGAAUUCUUCUUCCUGUACUAAGGAUAACAAUAACAAACAUUUUCUGCUUCAAUGUCAUCAUACUCAAAAAGGAAUAAUAGCUUUUUUAAUGUAGGUGGAUGUGUUGUUACUGUGAUGCAUUCAAGGACGUAUUUUUUUCCUCAGGAAAUCCUAACUGAAUAUGCUACAGACGGCUAAUCCCAUAAGUAUUUUAUGACCGUAGAGUACAUCAAUUAUUACGAAAUACUUUUCAUUGGUGUGUUAGCCACAAAGUAGCCACCAUUUUUAAUGAAUAAAUCCAAACAUUGGGAUCUUUUUUGGACUCGCUUCUUUGUACCGGAAUAGGAAUUCUAGUAGUAGUAGUAGUAGUAUCAUAGUAUCAUAUUGCUAUGUCGUUCAUAUGAAUAUAUAAUACAGAUGUUGUAAUAUUCCUGUUUACUUACAUCCUGGUUACAUCGCUUUACUUCUUUUUAUACUUGAAGUAAAUAUGACGUACAGUACUUCCAAUACACGUAUGAAUUACUUCUGUUCAUACUUGAAGUAAAUAUGACGUACAGUACUUCCAAUACACGUAUGAAAUGAAGCGAAUAGAAAUAAUUGGAGAUGCGUGCAAGGAGUCGGCACAGAGAGUCACGAGUCACGAGUAACGAGUCACGAGUAACGAGUCACAAGCAAGUGUUGACAGUGACUUGUCGGCAACUUUUAAUUUUUUUCCAACCUUAAAAGUACAAACUGCAAAAAAGUAAAAAAGUGUGUAACCAACAUGAGACUCUUUGCGGAUGGCGGCACCAAUAAAUUAAGAGACUCACUCGUCAGCGAGAACUUCCACUUGUAGAAACGAGGACAGGAAAAACCAAAGGAGUCGCAGAUAAUAACACAAAUCAAAGGUUAAGGCCAUAAAAAGUUGACAACCACCUUUUCGAGUGUGUGUUUGUGUGUGUUUAUGUGUGUGUGUGUGUGUCAUGUCAAACGGCCCACGUGGGGGCGACUCCUUAAAUUGUCCCAAAAGAGUUGGAGUCUGGGCGGGAUGGGAGGAUUUGGUCCCGGCCAUCCCGACGGGCAAGCUCAGUGCAACACGAGUAGCUACCGCCUUCUCAACCGCCUCCUUUUUCUCUCGCCGCCAUUUUCCCUUUUCUUGAAAAAAGUAAAGCUAAACAAAGAAAACCAGGCUGGCUGGGGGAGGGGGGCAGGUGGGUUUGGGGGGGAUGGGCAGUCGUCUUAUUUCUUAGUGAUAUAAGCAGCACUUAAAAGUUUGAUUUCUGUACACCGGAGCGACCCUGUCAGCGUCACGCGGAUGAAGAAAGGGAAAAAUGUAAGGCUUUUUCUUCAUCAUCAUCAUCAUCAUCAUCAUCACCCUUCCUUUCCUCACUUCCUCCCGCCCUCCCUCCCUCUCACCCCUUGCCCCCCCCCACCACCCAAAAGGCUCAAGUAUGUAAAGAAAUGUACAGGAUUAUGUACAAAAAGGUUCCUUUCUAAAAAAAAAAGAAAAAAAAAAGGAGGAAAAAGAAAGCGAUAAAGAAUAUUUCACAUUUGAAACUAGUGGCUCUACUUGAUAAAGUAAAAAACACACCAUAAUAAUAAUAAUAAUAAUAAUAAUUCAUGUUGACUGGAAGAAUGGAAUGUUAUCACGAUUGCACUUCUCCAACCAGAAAAAGACACAAAAAAAUCUAAAGUUGAAAAGCCAGCUAGCGGUGGUGGCUAGCGCUAAAACGCCAAUCCCCCCCCCCCCCCCCCCCGUUUUAUCUUUCCAUUUUUCAAUGUAUGCUUAAACAGUAACAUCACAAGCACCACUUAAGGCGGGUCUGCGGGUUGGGGUGGGGUGGGGGGGUGGGGGGAAGCCAAGCGGCCGUUACGCUGCGCCCACCUCACGCAAAAAAAAAUAGCGUCUAAAAUGAAAGUGUUAAAAAAAGGAAACGCUCACCAACAACAUCUUUCAAGUUUUUUACCUCACGUCGCUACAACAACAGCCCCCCCCCCAUGUCAAAGUGAUAACGCAAGAGGAGCUGCAUCUGGGGGGGGGGGGGGGGGAUAUUUGGGUUGUUACUCGAUGUCAUGUUUGUCUCUUGAG